AUGGCUUUUAUGAUAAACAAACAAACCUCCUCUUCCUCCAUCACCCACCGAUAUAGAUAUGAUGUGUUCUUAAGUUUUAGAGGUGAAGAUACUCGUAAGGAUUUUACAAGUAAUUUGAAUGGCUUUUUGAAUUUGAAGGGUAUUAACACCUUCAUUGAUUAUGAACUCCCCAGGGGAGAAGAAAUUUCUGUUCAACUUGUCGAAGCCAUUGAAAGUUCAAGAAGUUCCAUAAUUGUAUUCUCUGAAAACUAUGCAUCUUCCACCUGGUGCUUGGAUGAACUUGUUAAGAUCCUUGAGUGUAAGAAGAGUGGCCAAAUGGAACUAGUACUACCGGUUUUUUAUAAGGUGGAUCCCUCAGAAGUACGUAACCAAAGGGGAAAAUUUGGAGAAGCAUUAUCAAAACAUGAAGCAAAAUUCAAGGAUAAUAUGAAGGUGCAAAGAUGGAGGAAAGCUCUAAAUCAAGCUGGCAGCAUAUCUGGUUCUACCUACAAGGAGGACUGCAGUAGUUCUCAAUAUGAAUUUAUCGAAGAAAUUUUUAACGAGAUCUCAAGAGCUCAACUAAAUUGCAUGAAAUUAUCUGUUGUAAGAUAUCCAAUCGGAAUAGAUUCUCGUGUAAGUGACGUCAUAAAUCGAUGUUUAAAAAUUAUGUCAAAUGAUGUUCGCAUUGUAGGGAUCUAUGGCCUUCCUGGAGUGGGUAAGACAACAAUUGCAAAAGCUAUUUUUGACAAAAUUCAUUAUCAUUUUGAUGGAAGUAGUUUUUUAGAGGAUGUUAGAGAAAAUUCACGCACAAAUGCUGGCGUAAUCCAUUUACAAAACACACUUUGUUCUGAGAUCUUAGGGUUUCGGGAGUUGAAGGUGGGGAGUAUAUCUAGAGGAAUCAAUGUGACAACUGAAAGACUUCACUGUAAAAGGAUUCUUGUAGUUCUUGAUGAUGUGGAAAAAUUGGACGAGAUAGAAAAAUUGCUUGGAAGGUGUGAUUGGUUUGCCUCUGGAAGUAGAAUCAUUAUAACAACAAGAGACAAACACUUCCUAGAUGUUCUUCAAAGAGAUUGGCAUGUAAUGUACUACGAGGUUAAGAAAUUAAAUAAACAUGAAGCUCAUGAACUCUUUUGUCUACAUGCCUUUGGAAGACGCAAAUCCAAGGAAGAUUAUUCGGAACUUGUAGAUCAAUUUGUACAUUAUGCCAAGGGCCUUCCAUUAGCUCUAAAAAUAAUUGGCGUAGAUUUGUAUGGAAGAACUAAGCGUGAAUGGACAAGUGCAUUAGAAAAAUAUAAAAGAGUUCCUAAGGGAGAUAUUCAAGAAAUACUCAAAAUAAGUUAUGAUAAAUUGGACGAAACUCAACAGGAAUUUUUUCUUGAUAUUGCAUGUUCCCUUAAAGGAUACCACAUGGAUAUUGUUAUGGAUAUCCUCACUAGUAUGAAUUUCUACGAUCCAUAUUAUGAUAUUAAAAGCCUUAUUGAUAAGUGCCUCAUAAUUGUUACUAGAGAUGACAAAUUAUCGAUGCAUGACUUGAUUCAACAAAUGGGUUGGGAAAUUGUUUGA